AAACCCCUACCCAAAACCCAAACCCCUCCUCCAUCCCCUUCAAUCCGAAUACGCCCGACGGCCCGAGAAAGAUCCAGACCCUAGGGUGUCUCUGAAACUCGCUAGGGUUCUUCCCUCUUCUCCCAUGGCCUCCUUCGUCGCCAUCCAUCGUGCCGGUAACUCCAUGCUCGCCGUCACCCUCUCCAAGGUCCGCCUCCCCCUCCUCUCCUAUCCUGUCCUCCUCAAAACCUUAAAGCUCUCUCCUUUCCCCUCGCGAGCCCUCGCUGCCCGAUGCCUGUCCACCUCAUCAGCUGCCCCUAACUUCCAGCGGCCGCCGCCUUCCGACCCCCGUGCCUUCCCCCACGACCGCAGCCCUAAACCUGGCCAUUGGCCCCCUCAGAACCACGAGCGGCCCCCAUUCAACCACCGUCUCCCCGUCGAUAAUCGCCCUCCCAUGGACUACGGCCGCCCCCCCGUCAACGGCCCGCCGCCUCCGGCUGCUCCCGCCGCCGCCCCUCCUCCAGGUCCGAUCGAUCUCAUGGCCCUCUGUAGAGAGGGGAAGGUCAAGGAGGCCGUCGAGUUCUUGAGCCAGGGCGUCCGCCCCGACCCCCCGACCUUCUUCGCCCUUGUCGCCUCCUGCUCCGACCCAAAGCUUCUUGAAGAACUGAAGAAGAUCCACGAGUUCUUCAUCCGAUCCCCCUUCCGUGCUGACCUUCAGAUCAAUAACAAGCUGCUGGAGAUGUACGCAAAGUGCGGGAGCAUGAACGAUGCCCGUCGAGUGUUCGACGGAAUGCCUGACCGGAAUAUGGACUCGUGGCAUCUAAUGAUUGAUGGUUAUGCAUCAAAUGCGCAGGGUGAUGAUGGAUUGCAGAUGUUCGAACAGAUGAGGAGAGUGGGGGUGCGCCCUGAUAGCCGGACCUUUCUUGUGGUCUUGGCUGCUUGUGCUAGUGCUGAAGCAGUUGAGGAGGGAUUCAUACAUUUCGAUUCCAUGCAUAAAGAGUAUGGGAUUGCCCCUGGAAUUGAGCACUACAUUGGGAUAAUUGAAGUGCUUGGGAAGUCAGGACACCUCAAUGAGGCAGUAGAAUUCAUUGAUAAGUUGCCUUUUGAUCCACCAGCAGCCAUUUGGGAGGCACUGAAGAAUUUAGCCCGAACACAGGGGGAUGUUGAUCUUGAGGACCAGGUUGAGGAGCUUUUGAUUUCUAUAGAUCCAUCCAAGGUGAACCCUGAAAAGAUCCCCACACCGCCAGCUAAGAGAAGGCCUGGUAUCAACAUGCUCGAUGGAAGGAACAAGUUGGGGGAGUACCGUUUGCCUCCGAAGAUUGAGAAGAAGCCAGUGAAGGAGCAAGUCUAUGUGCCAGACACGAGAUAUGUGCUUCAUGAUAUCGAUCAGGAGGCCAAGGAACAGGCUUUGCUUUACCACAGCGAGAGGUUGGCAAUUGCUUAUGGGCUAAUCAGCACACCUGCAAGGACACCACUUAGGAUCAUUAAGAACCUUAGAAUAUGCGGUGACUGCCACAAUGCGAUUAAGAUCAUGUCAAAGAUUGUUGGGAGGGAACUUAUUGUUAGGGACAACAAGCGGUUCCAUCACUUCAAGGAUGGAAAGUGCUCCUGUGGAGAUUACUGGUGAAGUUGCUACCUCCUUGAAGAGUAUGGGAAUGAACCUUCCUUCCUUGGAUUUGCCAACUUAAUGCUUAAAUAGAUGCCAUGUUUCUUGCAGUGCUAAGGGUAACCAUUUGAUCAUCAUUAGAAGAUGAAUUUGCGGUUAUUGUUCGCUGCAUUUGGUUGUAGAUCGCUUGUACUGAAAUUCUAUUUUCGUACUGAUAGGUUUAAAGGUACUUGCUUAUUGAAUUGAAUGUGAAAACAAUAACUAUUUAAUAUUGUCUUGCCCUUGUAUAAUAUAAUAGUCGUAUUUCCUAUCUGAUGAAACCAUGCUAGAUAAGGGCUCUUGGAUAUUUUCUUUA